AAAAACUUAGAAUCUGCAGUAGUAUCUCCACAAAGGCAGGCGAAAACACCAUCAAUAAACUGAAGUUGGUUGAAACCAUAACAUAAUGACUACUUUAGAUGACAAGCUAUUGGGAGAGAAGACACAGUACUACUACAGUGACAGUGAAGAUGAGCGGGAGGAAGACGAUGAUGAUAAAUCCAGCGGAGAUGAACAAAACAAGGACUGUGCUGCAUCACCUGAAGCUGAAUUCAUUCCAGAAGCAGAUCUUAGUGCAAGCGGUUAUGGAGCAAGUCGGACUGGACCAAAAGGUGUAUUAGCAGACUGGAGAAGAUUCAAACAGCUUGAGACAGAGAAGAGAGGAGACCAGGAUAGAGAAAAGAGACUCCUGGCUGAAAAACUGUCUAUGACAUGUCGAUCCUAUCUUGAUGAUGAGAAAGCCAAGGAGGAUGAAGAGCUUGAUCAGCUUCAACUAGAAUCCAUGUUGGAAGAUGAGUUCAUGAGGAGAUACAGGGAAGAAAGGAUGAAUCAGAUGAUAUUGAAUAUACAGAAAAAUAGCCCAAGAUUUGGCAAACUGUUGCGUCUCAAUAAAAAUAACUUUGUUGAUGCAAUAGACAGUGAACGCAAGGAAGUGACUGUUAUCAUCCACAUAGAAGAUCAAUCGCUUCAAGCCUGUGAGUCUAUGAAUGGAUGCCUUCAUUGCUUGGCUCAAGAAUAUCCCUUCGUCAAGUUCUGCGCAGCUAAUGCAGCAGAUAUUCAGACCAGCCAGUUAUUUACAGAGAAAGGCCUCCCUGCUCUCUUAGUCUACAAAGCAGGCCAACUCAUCGGCAACUUCAUCAGAGUCUCGGAUGUGUUUGGUGAAGACUUUUUCGCUACAGAAGUAGAGAGUUUCCUACAAGAGCAUGGCUUGCUGCCCAACAAAGACGAUGCAAAGGUCAUCCCAGGUCACGUGGAAGAAGAUGAGGACAGUGACCUUGAAUUAGACUGAAGUGGAGUGGAGACCCAGAUUUUCAAGAGAUGGGGUUGUGCUACGAUUUCAUUCCACCUUACAUCCAAUACCCUCUUCAUGUUGGCUGGAAAAAAGUAUGAUACAGUCUGCCAUAAUUUGUGAGCAUCGUGCUUUCGUAUCUAUUGUUUCAAUGCCGCAAAUCUUGCUAUUUUUGUUGUUGGCAGAUGUAUGUGUACGUUGGAGCGAAGAUUGCAUGAUUGCUCCGAACCAAGGGGUAGGAUGUAAUCACCAGCAGCAUAGAUUUGUUUUGCGUGCUGCUAGCAAGUGCAGAAAGCAAACGUUUUAACCUUUCAAGUGAGAGCCUUUUCCUUUCACAUUGCCUGCAUGUCACAACAAAUUGCUGCCUCUUGGCAGAUAAUGUACCAUUUAGAGGCCUGUGAUUCGGGAGCGUAAACUUUAAACAUCAAAUUCAAUGAAACAAGCUGUUUUUAAAGCUUCACAAUCUCUUUAU